AUGGCCAGCCGGCCAUUUUCCUUCGUGCCUUCAUGGUUGAUAUUUUGUGUUACCGCCGUACUGGCGGCAACUAAUGUUCCCAACGAAUUCUCCAGCUUCAUCCCCAGCUGUGCUGCCGAAUGUUUCGCUUCUUUCUUAAAUGUCAACUAUGUCCUCGAUACCUGCACAGGGAGGCACUUGUUGGACUGCCUAUGUCCUCGAAUAGGGGCACUGGGCUUCACUUUGGGUGAAGGCGCGAUGCAAUGUAUAUCAGCUGAACGAUCCAUUGGACUUUGUUCGACAGUUGAAGCAAGUGCAACAUUGGUUAUGGAUCCUUCAGGAAGAGGAGUCGUCACUUUCCCUCCUGUGGUUAAAUCGAGUACUACAACAAGCCUGGAAACUUCGACCACUACCCAGUCAUUGCCCACAACACUGGUAAUGGAUACAUCGUCGCCCCCUGUCAUUCCAAGACCGUCGACUAGAACAAGGAUACGAUCGACAACAAAGGAGGAUAUCUCUACAGAUUCGCCAGACGAAACUACUUCUGCUUCGGAUAUCAUCUCGAUUAGCGAACCACCGUUUACCAGAUCUACGACUUUCGAAACCACAAAGUCUACUUCCACUUUCACUUCAGAGACCGAGACCACCACAGAGGCAGCGGGUGGCGCUGGCGGAACGAGUAAAGACGAAGACAGUGGCGAUUUCAACAAGCUCUCCACGGAGCAGAUCGCUGGUAUAUCAGUAGGAGUUCUUGCCGCUGUUGGAGUGGCAGUGGGAGCCAUCGUCCUGGCAAGGUAUUGUCGGCGAAGAAAGUAUCCUCAUGUUAAGACUGGGUUUCUUCCUAUGAGGGAUACCUGGGGUUACAAGGCAGAUCGAUCUGACAAUGGCGGACACAACUCUUGGAUGGUUCAUCAACUUCGUCCCGACUUGGACCCUGGAAGUCAAGCACCACCACCUCCUACCUCUCUUGGCAACAUAGGACAAACCAGUGCCGUCCGAACACUUGCUCCUCCAGCAGAGAUUGUUCCUGCGAGUGCUCAAAACAAACCGUACGGACCGCGCCCACAGUAUCCUUCACCUUUCUUCUCAUCACAAUCUCACCCGCGACGUAGUGCUUCUUCCCGCCGCUCAAUUACCAGGCCAUUGACUCGCCCGCGCGAAGACUCCAACAGCAGCAGUGCCACGACCAUUACCACGUCGACCGAGUCUUCCAUGAGCAUCCCUUCUAUGACACUUGAACAACAAGUCAGUCUCUCUCCUGUUGCAGAGUCCCCUCAGUCCGUGCGUGUUCGUCAACAGCAGCAGCAACAACCUCAAAUACCGCCGCGAGACCCUCGACGGGCAAGCCAGAUGGGCAACCCAGGUGAUACUGUGAAUGCGAGAUUGGCUCCUCCCUCGCGACAAAUAUUCUACAGUCCUCCUGGCCAGCCAAGUCCAACAUUGGGCAUGAUGCAGCCUCCUUCUGCAUACAACGCAGCACGACAGCAGCCAGGACCUCAGAAUACUCAAACUAUCCCGAACUCAGGACUCGAGACAACUUCUCCAACAAUGCGCAUUGUUGAACCGUCUCCUGAGCCAGAGGACAAUAUCGCAGAUCCACCCGCUGUCAAGCCAGAAGAGAUUCGGGCUUCCCCCUUUUACUUUAACCCGCCAUAUCCUCAACCUCUCCAAGGCCGUCAACCGUCACAGCAACAUCGUCGGUCUGCUUCGGGAUCUCAAACCCAAAACUACCGACCGUAUCAAAGGCCUCCCUCUUUCCAACCGUCUCCCCGUGAGCAACAGGCAGCUUGGCAACCUAUCCAGCGUCUUCACUCUCACCACCAACAACAACGCCAUCAACCUCAGCAGCAGCAUAACGUGUGGCAUCCAGCACAGCGCAAUCCUCAAUCGUACCAAUCUUUUCAACAGCAGCCCCCAUUACAACCCUACCAGCGCCCACCGCAUUCAAACAUCUACCAACAGCAACCUCAUAUGUACCAAUCAUUCCAAGCACGACAGAAUCAGCAGCCCCAACCUCAAAGUCAGGGAGGUUACCAAUCGUUUCAACCAUACUCUACACCGCAACAGACUCAAAUACAUCCCUCGCAGUAUCAAAACUAUCGUCCUCCUCAACCUAUGACCACGCCACUUGCUCAAUCUGGGAGCCAAGAUUCACUCCUUUCCAAGCGUGUCGGUUCCGAUCGCGCUGCUGACAUGACUAUUGGCACCGAUCCCGCUAGCAAAUCAAAGUGGAAUCGUGAUGUUCAAAAUAGCACACCCCCAAGCUAUCCCAUGUCACCUCACUGGCAGCCAACAUUGACCCCUACACGACGAGGAGACGACCUGGUUCUGAAUGUGCAGUGA